GCUCCGCUCGGGCGGCUCCUGCCUGCCGGCCCGGGGCCAGCCGGGCUCCCUCGGCCGUGGCGGGGCCGGGCCGGCCGGGGUGAGGCACCGCGCCUGCCGCCGCUCGCUGCCUCCCUCCUCGCCUCCCCUCAGGGCUUCCCGCUCCUCCCGGCCCGGAGGCAGGAGCCCGCCGCCCGCCCCGGCCCGCCGCGCAGGGGGAAGCCAGCGGGGCAGAGCGGCUGCGCUGCCCGGCGGAGCACCAUGCUGGAGUCCAUCCGUGUCACCGAAAAACUUCACUGGCCUAAGACAGAGCUUUCUAAGAAAUCAGUCCUGCGUCCAGAAGAACAUAAGCUGAACAUUAAUAAUGAAAACAGCCUCCAGCACCCACCUUCUGGGAUCCUUAAGGACACUUUCACAACAGGAACCAGUAGCUACAAUGUCCUUCUGCAGAGCAAAGAGGAGAAAAAACACCACACUCAAAAGCAGUCAUCUGCUCACCACAAGAAACACAGAAAAACUCCGAAAUGUUCUAGCACCUCGCGAAGCAACGAGCACCGCAAAAUCAAAGUGCCGCUACCCUUGCUCAGCGGUGGCUGGUACUGCACUAACAGACAACCCCCCAUCAUCGUCACUAGCCCCAUGUCUACCAGCGUGAAGUUUACAAACGGUAUUUCAGUUGCAGGGAGCAGCAUAGGACUGCCAUCUCGACCCAGAAGUAGAACUAAGAGGCACUUUAAUCUCACAAAGCCAAAGCAAUCCCCAUCCUCAAAAAGCCAUGGAAAAGAAGGUGAUGUCUCGGGCCGAAAACUCUGUUUACUGACUGCAAUCAAGCCUUCCAACGUGGAGAAAGAGAAGAUGAAAUUCUUCAAGUCAGAUUUCACAUACAACCCUCAAUUUGAAUAUGCAAACCCUGCUCUGCCAAACGUGUUAGCUAAGCACAGCCAUGCAUCAGACCGAUUUCUUAAGCAGUCCAUUAACAUUAUGGAACGGACGCUGCAGAAAUACGGAAGCUAUGAAAAAUUUGAACAGGCCACUGGAGGCAGCUUGCUGACCAAAAGUCGCAUCUGGAAUCACGUCAGGAAAUACAUGGUGAAAGAAGGCUGUCUCGGUGAGAUUGUGGUCCAUCUCACGGAGGACCUGCUUUCUCGAGCCUCAAUGACAGUGGUGAAUGGCCGCCCCACUCUCACUAUCAAUAUCUCCACUGCACGAGAGCACUGGCUGGAAGGGAUGCUGAGACAUGAAAUUGGAACUCAUUAUUUUCGGGGUUUUAACAACAACAGCCAGCCUUGGUGCAACUGGAAUGGCCGUAGAAAACAUGGGUUAAAACCAAUCAACCCUACAGAAGAGGGGCUAGCGAGCAUUCACAGUGUCCUGUUCCGCAAAGACCCUUUUCUUUGGAGAGCUGCCCUGCUCUACUACACGGUGUAUCAAGCCAGCCAAAUGUCCUUCAGUCAGCUUUUCCAGGAUGUGGGGAAAUUUGUCAAGGAUCCCAAUACUAGGUGGGAUUACUGCGUACGAGCCAAGAGAGGGUGGACUGACACGUCACAACCAGGUUGUUUCAAUAAGGAUCAGGUGUACUUGGAUGGCAUCCUCCGAAUCCUGAGAUACAGGGAGUCCAUUGAUUUCCAUCUUCUGACAGCCCUUGGAAAGAUCUCGUAUGAGGAUGUGGAUCGCCUGAAAGGAUUAGCUGUGAUUGAGAACAUGAGGGUACCGCACUUUUUGCAAGACCAUGCCCGGUAUAUGGAGCACUUGGAAAAGAUCAUGGAAGUCAAUGAGCUGACUGAUAAGGAGCUCCAGGAUCUCAUAAAUUAAGAAUAUCAGCCCACCAUUCACUUACUCUGUGCAACUGAGGACGUAGAACUUGACUUCCCAGAACUUGCAAAAAUGGACUUCUGAGGGGUGGGGAGGGAGGGAACGGUGGCCAGAAUAUGUGGAAUUAAGAAAAAGUCCCUUAUGUUCCUUUUGCGUUGUGAUUGUAUAACGAUUAUUUUCUUCAGGGUUUGUGCAUUUUUUAAAAUCUGGCUUAGGAAUUUCUUUGCAGUGAUCUGUCCAAUCAUCUCCUCUGUUUUAUGUGCUGGGUAUAAUGCUUGACGCUGUCUUUUGUAAGAUACUGCCUUUUCCCAUCCAGGUUUAGAGGUGGAAGAAAGGAGAAAGAGGAGAAAUCCCCCCUUAGUUCACUUGUGUUUGCCCUGUCUUUGGUCAUAGCUUUCAUAGUUCAUAGCAAUAGAACUGCUGUAGAUUAUGCUACAUCACUGUCUGUGUAACUCUUUCCCAUUUGGUCAUCAUUGCAAUGAAAAAAAAAAAGUCUAAAAAACACAGUGCACAGAAGCAGGUCUUUGUGCCAUACGAUCAAAGCUCUGUAAUGCUAUAAAAAGUUUGGGUUUUUUUUUUACUGGGAGACUUAGCAUUUAAAAAAAAAAAAAAGAAAAAAAAGAUAGGUAUUGCAGUUUUAAUGACUGUAAGCAGGUAGCAAAGUUAUUCCCUUUAUCCCCUCAAAAAGUUACACUGUUCCACAUCUUUAUCUGUAUAAUACACGUUUCAGGAAGCUAAAUUCUGGAAAGGGUCUCCCUCCUUGGAGGGCAAGCAUAGCAUGUCUAGGAAGUUCAACAUGGCAGUGUUUUGGAAGAAGGAUCAGGCAGAACUGUGAUUUCAUGACUUAGCGUGUUUCAAAUAAAUUCAGGAACAUGGGGAUGUGAUUCAGCACAGCAGGCAUCACUCACUUCUCUGGGUCACCUGAGCCUACAGAAGGUCAAGUCACUUUUUGAGCAGUACCUCCAUGCCACAGCAAGCUUGAGCUUGCAGAGCUCAUUGUAAUGUAAAUGGGAGGAAAAGAAGUCUCACAAGUGCCCUAUUCCUGUGUUCCAACAGAAGUGCUGCACCACUCCGAAGCAACCUUACCUCUGUUUUAACUGCCGGUGCUAUAUCCAGAACCAAGAAGAGAAAACACUGUCAGCAAUGGCUAGGCACAUGAGAAAUAGCUUAGAUGACACAGGAGGACUUACUCCAUAAACUAGGUUUUCUGAUUCCAGACUAUUAGGGAAUUAUCGAGGUGAAUCGCGUUUUGCACCUGUAAGUAUUCUGACAAAGGGUUUUGUUUUAGUAGAUGGCAUUUUACCAAGAGUCCUCUGAACUCCUGGGAAGCAGCUGUGGCAGGAGAAGCUGGGCAGGAACAAGCGAGGGCCUUGGACAGGGCUUCAGCAGUUUAUUCCCCUUCUGCCUUGGCCCACUGGCCCGGCAUUGGAUAAGGCGAGUAGAUGGAUCCAAGGUUUCCUCCACACCACAUCUGCAUGGACCUGAGCCUUGUAUCCCUCCCUCCCUGCUUAUCCUGUUCUUUAAUGAAAGAGAUGGAAUAACCCUCCCACCAUAUUUUACACCCAGGACAUUACCAGCCAUUACAGCAAAGUUUUGAGAACGCGUUUUCUGAUCCAUAGGAAGAUCUGUGAGGAAGAGCUCUCAGUUGGCUAAAAGGUUUGAAGGUUUUUGAAUAAUCCCAUAAAAGCAGCUGCCUUUUAGAUAGUAUUGCAGGUGUGUUUGCAGCAGCUGGCUGGCUGACUGCUUCAAAAAAAGAAAAUGCACUCGACAAGCAUAAAUUUACUAAAUUUGGUUAUUUUCAAGGCAGGGACCAAGAACUGCUCCCAGCAGCCUUAAUUUUGUAUUGUCAGUAUUGUUGACGAACUGAAAGCCUUUCAGCCUCUGUAUGCUAAAAUAAAAGCUCUUUUUCUCUCCUUC